AAUAAUAGCAAACAAUUUUCUUCAACAAUAGAAUAUCUGGCAGGCCAGAGAAUCUGGCAUUUCGAGAGGCGAGAAUUCUGGGACAAACUGCAAAAUAAAGGUCUACUGCUGAGAGACACAAAGAACUAUCUUUUUAGAAGACUGCAUUGAUGGAAGUGUUGGAUUGGGCUCAGAAAUGAUGAGGAUCUGGCACCUACGGCGCGUGGUGUUCGUCCUCGGCACGGCUGCCGUCUUGGGGUCCAUCUUGAUUUUCUUGUCGGGGACCAAGUCCGGUCUGCCGAACAUGAAACUCCUCGAGAGUUCCCACAUUGACAGGAUACAGAGACUAAAGCAGAAGAUGAAAUUGCCGAUGAGGAAGACAACUCCACUGGCUAGCAAUGAGACAUGCACUGCGCUGAGUGGUAACCUGAACUCGUCUCUUGGCCCUCGGAUCAGACCUGAGAAGCCUUUACUUCAGAAACUUUUAGCCCAGUCUUCUUUGCCUUCAGCUCCACCCUGGCCUAGCGAUGUUGAAUCUCUCUUUGAUGUUGAGGCCAUCAAGUCAUCUGGCCUACCACUCUUUAAGCCAAGGAUACCAGCCCUGGUCUACCACAAGCAGACAUUCUUAGCCUUCAGCGAGGCCAGAUUCGAUGGCCUCAAGGACUACGGGAAUAUCAUGAUGGUGGUUCGGAGGGGGCUUGUCCAGGGGCGAGAGAUUAGCUGGGGGCAGAUUAAGCUCCUUGUUAAUCUGCCAACUUUCAGAAUAAACAAUCCAAGUCCAAUCGUUGACCGGGUGAACGAUGCAAUCGUCCUGGUUUUUGCUGCGUUUCCAACGGAACUCUCUUUUCAAGAUAUGAUGGCCUUUCCCAGGUUCCCCAUGUCAAAACUGUUUGUUAUGAAGACGUAUGACCUUGGCGAGACCUGGACUACCCAUGAAGACAUCUCUCACCAGACUGUCCUAAAGAUGUUUCCUGUACCUGUUCUAAUGGUUCCAGGUCCAGGGCAUAGUAUCCAGCUAAAGUGCGGUCGUCUUGUCGUUCCAUGUAAUUACUUUACACAAGACAAGAGGGGGAAAUCACUACACGGUCUUUGCCAGAAUUGCAGUAAUUAUAACCGUAUCAUCUACAGCGACGACGGGGGUAAUACCUGGACGAUUGGUGGACGAUCAAAAUUCAAACGGGAUUCCUUCCGCAUUCCUAUUCAUCCUAAUGAAGUAAUGGCCGUAGAACUGGAUAACGGCGUGGUAAGCCUGAAUAGCAGGACGCUCAAUUUCCAGCAGACGAGGGCGGUCAUCUACAGUUUUGACGGGGGUGCCACCCUGUCGGAGACCCAGCUGAAAGAGGAGCUUAUCGAACCGGGGUGGAAGAUUACCAAUCAGGGGAAAUCAUCACCUCGGGCUGCUGGCGGAUGCCAGGCAAGCGUCAUAGCAUUCCCGAGACCCAAGGGCAUCAGCAUCGGUCAAGCCACGUGGGUCCUCCUCUCCAACCCCGCUGAUCGCAUCGAGCGGCAGAACCUCGCCCUCCGCCUCAGCAUCGACGGCUGCCAGUCCUGGUCGAAGCCCUUCAAGAUCCAUGACGUCUUCGCUGCGUACUCCGACAUCGCCUACUUCGAGAUGGUCAACGCAAACGGGACGUCCCUCCCCCAUCUUGCUCUUCUCUUCGAGGGCGGGAUGAAAGGGCCGUAUGAGUAUACCCGAUUUAAGAUUUUCACGUUAGGACAGGUGUUGCAAGGUUUAAUCACUAGCUCACUGAAUAGGUGACAGUGAUCACUGUGCAGUAUUUUCUCCUGUUGCUUUUGAUAUAUGUAUCUGUUGCUAAUGCUAGACUUCCAAGCCAGCUUGCUGAAUGGCAUUUGAUAUCAUCUUGUACCUUCGAAGCUUAGUCAUUUAAGUGCCAUAUGAAAUUUAGUGUACUAUCAAUAUUAGUGUAAUAUUGAUGCAUGAUUUGGGCCAAAUUGCAUUUUGUAUGAAUGGCAUAAUAUCUGUAAAGUGCUUGCAGGCAUUGUAAUGAUGUUGAUAUGCAGUAUAAUGCCCCUAAUGAAAAAGUGGAAUAUUAUUAUUUUCACUUCAAUAGUGUUGUACUAUCAUGGUUAUGCAUGAUCAAAAGAAAAAAAAUGGGGCAUUGCAAGAAACUUGCAAUUGAUUGCAAGUCAAUUUCAUAUCCCAAAGUCAAUUGGAAGUCAUGCAUUUCAUUGCAAAUUUGCAAUUGAUUGAUGGUCUUGCAAGUCUCCUUAUUAAGCAUGAUGAUGAUGCUGAUUCCAUGCAUUUGUAUUGCGCCAUAUUUCUGUUAUUAACAUUCAUAGGUGCAGGCUCAUCCAAUUGAUUUAAUUACUACACAUCUGCUGAAAUAAGUGAGUUAUGAGGGAUGAUUUGAAGAGUUCAAAACAUUAAUACAAACCUUAAUUCAUUUUUGGGAUAACAAUUCUUUGGAUUGAGGACCUUUGGGCUAAUGAACCUUCAGAAGAACAAAAUUCCAGAAUAAUAUGCUGUAUUCAUUAUUCAACUGAUAUGGUUUUACAGAGUUUAGAAUUUAAAAGUUUAUGACUAUUAGCAGAUCCAUCUUCAAUAUUAAAACUGAAAUAUCCAGUGCAUUUUAAUUGUUGUUUAUCAUAGUUUGCUCAUUUUUGACUCAAAACAAAUUGUUUCGUGUGCUUGUUAUACUAAUUGGACAUUGUAUUUAGCCAUUUUAAUGAAUUCUACUGAAGUAUGGGGUACUGAAUGACAAUCCAAAUCACUUACUUUUUAUAGAUUACCAAAGAUUUUGUAAAAGUGCUUUAGCUCACUUUAUUUUUAUUUCUAUUUUCUAUGAUGUGAACCUUUUCCAUAGUAUAUGUUUAAGAAUACAUGAUAUAAGCAUGCCUGCCACCUAAAAGACGUACAUGUAACUAUACAUGUUAAUAUAAAACACAUGUGAUGGUGUAAUGCUAAAUGUAGAUUUGAUUGGAAAAUAGCAUCGAACACAGACCUACUGAAGAUUUUCGACCUGCACUCAUCAGAUUUAAAUCACAUGAAUGAAGUGAACGCUAGAAAGAAAUAAUAUAUAAUAGAACCAAAAAAUAAAAUGACAGGCUGUGAUUGGCUGUUGAGGUAAACAAGAUAAGGCUUAGCGAACAGCUGUUGGGUCAGUAAAUGUGACAUAGCGUAAGCUGUAGCAUAAAACUUUUUAGGUGCCGCUGAAUACUACAAGAAGCCAGACGUAGAGGAACAGAGGAUCAUGCAUCUAGAACUGAACCACUAGCAUAUCCAGGAUCAAGAAAUGUAUGGGCCCAUGCACAAGCAUGAUAGAGUCGCUAUUGUCUCCAGACAAUUGGGCCCAUGAAAUGCUUUGUACGAUCUGAUGCUUGAUAUGCGCCUUUGAACCCCUACGUAACCUUUAUACAUUUACUACAUGUAUAUUUCUGUAUUUCUGUUAACUCUUCGUGAAAAAUUCGCACCGCCAUGUUUUAUGGCCCUUUUACUUCAAGUCUCGAGCAACUUAUAAGACCAAAUCUGCAACCUGGGGAACAUGGUUCUGAAGUUAUGUAACUUUUUGUAAGUGCAUUUCACACCCAAAAUUGCUCAAAAACAUGAUUUUUACUUAUUUAAAGCAAUAGAUUUCAUGCUAUUUAUGACUGAACUAGUGUUCCAUUAAAAAAAACAAUUAAAAACAUAAAGUAAAAAAAAAAACAGAAAUACAUGUAAGACCUAUAAAAAACAAAAUGAGAAAAAAAGAAUUGAUAUUACAAUUUCUGAAUAUACUUUUGAUAAUAAUCGUAAGAAGAGUGUCCGACCAAAAUCUAGCAGUUUGGGGCUAUAUUUAGAAAAAUACAGGCAAAUUCUGGUUUUAUGCAUUAAUUGGAAUAAUUGGGUAACUAAAAAUAAAUUUGAAUAAUUUGGGGACAAUCGACAUUUAAAUUGUGGAGAUAAUAUCAUUUAUGAUGUGGAUGCCAAUUUUCGUUGCGAUCUUGCGAUCAAUGAUUGAGAUCUGAGGGAGGCUUUUUUUCCCUCCCCCGGGCUAUGCAAUUUCAAAAUAGGCCCGGGCUAAAUAGGGUAAAGUUUGUCUUGAACACUAUGCACUUUGAAAGCAAGGUUCUAUUUAUAUAUUAUUUAUUGUAAAUGCUCUGAGCACAUAACACUUGCUGAAUACAUUAUCACUCUUUAUCGUUUCCAACUCAUGUAUUAUGUUUUAACGUUUAUAACUGUGGGUCUCAGUCUUGGCAUUUUGUUUUAGAUUGAUAAACACACUAGGCGAUUAUUGACAAGAUGGUGGAUAACUUUCAAAAGAAGUUGUAGUUUUUUUAAGUUUGCACUGUUAUUUGACAAUCAUGUACAUGUAAUCAUGGUAAAAUAGUCUGCACUUGUAUAUUCGUAGUGUAAUGAUUUGAUCAGAUAUAUUUAUAGUUCAUGUCUUGUCAGAAAACAUUCUGUAGUAAUAAUGAAUUGUUAUAUUUAUGCAAUUGGUGAAUGUAAGCAGUGCUACACUCAUUUAUUUCAGGUUAACUUGCAUGAGUUGACCUUUUAUAGAGGUAUAUAUGUAGAGGUGUUGUGGCUCAGUGGAUAAGUCUCCGGACUUUGAACCACGAGGCCAGGGUUUCUAAUCCCACCACAGCACUCACAUGAUUUGGCAAGACGUUUAUCUACAUUUGCCACUCUCCACCCAGGUGUAGUAAAUGGGUACCCGGUAGGAAGGAGUUCCUUUAAUGCUCAUGCGCCCGAUCAGGGUAGCUGUGCUAAAGCAUUGGUUAAUUUAUGCAGCGCUUAGAAACAUGUUGAGCGCUAUAGAAAUGUUGCUUAUUAUUAUUUUUAUUUAUGUGUCAAAUAUGCAUCAAGUCUGAGUAUGCAAAAUACGUGUUAUACCAUUCUUCUUUUAAAGUCAAAUUUCUUCUAAAUGGAACCGAUUUCUGUGGUUCAACAAGACUCAACUUUGGCAAAGAAAUCUCUACGCUGAAGUCUGUAUGUGAAUACUGCCCAAUAGAAAUGAUUUUUAUGGACAUGUAUGUGCAAUCCAUAUUCGAUGCAAUU